AUUUUUUCUCCGCGAUAGAUUAGAGAGAGAAAGUUCAAAGUUGCGAUAUAUAUAGAGAGAGAGAGCUGAGAUACAUACAUACAUGCAUAUAUAGAGAGAGAAAGCUGGGAUAGGCAAAGGAAAAGCUUCUGCCUCGAGCUCGUCGUUUCUCUGCUGCUUAGCAUUUCCAGCGGAUCUCUUCUUCUCUUCUUCUUCUUCUUCCUCGGAUCUCUCUGUUUUUCUCUGGGAUCUGGAAACACAUGCCAUUUUUUCUCUGGGUUUGAAGGCUUGGUAGCUACAAUGUCAUCUCUCAGCAGAGAACUUGUGUUCUUGAUCUUACAGUUUCUUGAUGAGGAAAAGUUUAAAGAAACUGUUCAUAAGCUUGAGCAAGAGUCUGGGUUUUUCUUUAACAUGAAGUACUUUGAGGAUGAAGUGAACAAUGGAAAUUGGGAUGAGGUUGAGAAGUACCUCUCUGGUUUUACCAAAGUGGAUGACAAUCGAUAUUCAAUGAAAAUCUUCUUUGAAAUAAGAAAGCAGAAGUAUCUUGAAGCAUUGGACAAGCGUGAUCGGUUCAAGGCUGUUGAAAUCCUUAUAAAGGAUCUUAAAGUUUUCGCUUCUUUUAAUGAAGACCUGUUUAAGGAGAUAACACACCUUUUGACAUUGGAGAACUUCAGGGAGAAUGAACAGUUGUCGAAAUAUGGAGAUACCAAGUCUGCUCGAGCGAUAAUGUUGGUUGAGCUCAAGAAACUCAUUGAAGCAAACCCCUUGUUUCGUGACAAAUUGCAGUUUCCCAGUCUCAAAAAUUCAAGAUUGAGAACGCUUAUUAACCAGAGUUUAAAUUGGCAGCACCAGCUUUGCAAAAAUCCUCGGCCAAAUCCAGAUAUUAAGACUCUUUUCGUUGAUCACUCUUGUGGACAACCAAACGGUGCACGUGCUCCAUCACCUGCAAACAAUCCCCUACUUGGAUCGGUUCCAAAACCUGGAGGCUUCCCUCCUCUUGGUGCCCAUGGGCCUUUCCAACCGGCACCCACACCAGUUCCAACUCCACUUGCUGGUUGGAUGUCCAAUCCACCUACGGUGAGUCAUCCAGCUGUUUCUGGUGGACCUAUAGGACUCAGUGUUUCAUCCAUUCCAGCUGCUCUUAAGCAUCCAAGGACCCCUCCAACAAAUCCUUCUGUUGAUUAUCCGUCUGGGGAUUCUGAUCAUGUCAGUAAAAGACCAAGGUCCCUGGGAAUAAGCGAUGAGGUUAACCUUCCUGUCAAUGUGCUGCCCGUAACAUUCCCUGGGCAUGGUCAUAGUCAAGCUCACAGCACACUUGAUGACCUCCCAAAGAACGUAGCGCGAACACUUAACCAGGGAUCAUCUCCUAUGAGCAUGGAUUUUCAUCCUGUUCAACAGACACUGCUUCUAGUUGGCACCAAUGUUGGGGAAAUUGCAUUGUGGGAAGUUGGUUCACGGGAGAGGCUGGUAACACGGAACUUCAAGGUUUGGGACUUGAGUGCAUGUUCAAUGCCCUUGCAGACGGCUCUAGUAAAAGAUCCAGGUGUCUCUGUUAAUUGCAUAACUUGGAGCCCAGAUGGCUCGUUAUUUGGAGUUGCAUAUUCGAGGCAUAUUGUACAAAUAUAUUCAUAUCAUGGGAAUGAUGAUGUGCGCCAACAUUUGGAGAUUGAUGCUCAUGUUGGUGGUGUAAAUGAUCUCGCAUUUUCUCAUCCUAAUAAGCAACUCUGUGUGAUUACCUGUGGAGAUGAUAAGACCAUUAAGGUUUGGGAUGCAACAAAUGGUGCAAAACAAUAUACAUUUGAAGGCCACGAGGCUCCGGUCUAUUCUGUGUGCCCUCACCAUAAGGAGAAUGUUCAGUUUAUCUUUUCAACGGCAUUAGAUGGAAAGAUAAAGGCAUGGUUAUAUGAUAAUAUGGGAUCCCGAGUAGACUACGAUGCUCCUGGUCGCUGGUGCACAACAAUGGCAUACAGCGCUGAUGGCACAAGACUUUUUUCGUGUGGAACUAGCAAAGAUGGGGAGUCACACAUUGUCGAGUGGAAUGAAAGUGAAGGAGCUGUUAAGAGGACAUAUCAAGGUUUUCGAAAACGGUCAUUUGGUGUUGUGCAAUUCGAUACCACCAAAAACAGGUAUUUGGCAGCCGGUGACGAUUUCUCCAUAAAAUUUUGGGAUAUGGACAAUGUGCAAAUGUUGACCAGCAUUGAUGCAGAUGGAGGGCUCCCGGCAAGCCCUCGAAUCCGAUUCAACAAGGAUGGAACUCUAUUGGCGGUUUCUGCUAAUGAGAACGGAAUCAAGGUUUUGGCAAACACUGAUGGUAUUCGCUUGCUACGCACAUUUGAAAACCUUGCUUAUGACGCCGCUGCAAGAGCGUCAGAAUCUGCCAGCAAGCCUUCGGUAAACCCAAUCUCUGUAGCAUCGGCUAGUAAUGCUGGAUUUGCGGAAAGGGUAGCUUCUGUUGUUGGUACCUCUGUUAUGAAUGGGGAUGCAAGAAACGUAGGGGAUGUAAAACCAAGAAUAGCCGAAGAAACUAAUGACAAAUCAAAGGUUUGGAAGCUCACUGAAAUUACUGAACCUUCUCAUUGCCGGGCAUUGAAGCUUCCCGAGAAUUUACGAGUUACCAAGAUAUCGAGGUUAAUAUAUACAAAUUCAGGCGGCGCUUUAUUAGCACUAGCGUCAAAUGCCAUUCAUCUGCUAUGGAAAUGGCAACGGGGUGAGCGUAAUUCAAGUGGCAAGGCAACGGCCAAUAUGCCACCUCAAUUGUGGCAGCCUUCGAGUGGCAUCUUGAUGACAAAUGAUGUGGCUGACAAAAACCCGGAGGAUGCUGUCCCGUGUUUUGCUUUGUCUAAAAAUGACUCUUACGUCAUGUCUGCAUCGGGAGGAAAGAUAUCCCUUUUCAACAUGAUGACAUUCAAGACAAUGACGACUUUCAUGCCUCCCCCACCAGCAGCAACGUUUCUUGCGUUCCAUCCUCAAGAUAACAAUAUCAUUGCUAUUGGCAUGGAUGAUUCUACAAUUCAAAUAUAUAAUGUUCGCGUGGAUGAGGUCAAAAGCAAACUAAAAGGGCACUCUAAAAGAAUAACUGGCCUCGCCUUCUCCCAUGUACUAAACGUGCUGGUUUCAUCGGGAGCUGAUGCACAGCUUUUCGUGUGGAGUUCCGAUGGAUGGGAGAAGCAAAAGUCCAAGUUCCUACAGCUUCCAGCCGGGAGAGCGUCUGUACAGUCGGACACGAGAGUACAGUUUCAUCAGGAUCAAAUCCAUUUUUUGGUUGUUCACGAGACUCAGCUUGCUAUAUACGAAGCAACAAAGUUGGAAUGCGUUAAGCAGUGGGUCCAACGUGAGGCUGCUGCUCCAAUAUCUCACGCAACAUUUUCGUGCGAUAGCCAGCUGGUAUACGCCAGUUUCUUAGAUGCAACUGUUUGCGUUUUCACUGCUGCAAAUCUCUGUCUAAGAUGCCGCAUUGCACCUUCAGCUUACCUUUCCCCUAGUCUCAGCAGUUCGGGUGUCCAUCCACUCGUGGUGGCGGCCCAUCCACAAGACCCAAACCAGUUCGCGUUAGGGCUAUCAGAUGGCGGUGUUCUUGUGUUUGAGCCGCUGGAAUCAGAGGGCAAAUGGGGCGUGCCUCCCCCGGUUGAAAACGGAUCAGGAAGCAACCUGCCAUUGACAACUCCAGUCUCUGAUCAACCUCCAAGAUAAUCAAAAUAAGUUAUGGGUCUUGAAAAGUUUGAUGUACAUACUUGCUGGCUGGAUGCAGCAGCAGAUACUUUAGUUUCAAUCUGCCUGCAUUUGCUUCCUGUAGGAGACUAACCUGCUGAUUUCUCAGUCAAAAACUUGGAAUCCCCUCCCUCUUUAAAUGGUUUCCAAAAUAAUGAAAUAUGACUGCAUUUUGGUACACUGAACCUUUGAUAUAGAUGAUGAUCCAAUGGCUUCAAUUUGAAGUUCAAAUUUUAUCUCAA